UUUACUUCCUGUGCAGCUGCUGCUGGACACGGCCAGAGCACUGAGAGAUAUCGGGUAUUGAUGUAACUGGAGUGAAUAAGGGAACCUUCUUCCUGAGCACAGACAUUGGAGCCUGUUAUCAGCAUGAACUCAUAUGUGUUAGGAAGCCUCAGAAUAAUACCGCAAAUUCCAAUAGUCUUAGACACCAAUGGCUUUUCACAAACGGGGAUAGCACAGCAGAUAUUUAAAGAAGAUGGUGAAUUGGCAGGAACUGGACAGCAAUCAUUAUGUACAGAGAGUAAUUUAGUCAUCAAACAAGAGGACAACAUUUGUGACUUAUCUAGUGAAAUUAUUAUCCUAGAGGAUAAACCACACACAUUUACUGAGUUUUCAAAACCUAUUAAAGAAGAAAAAAGUCUACAGUCUUGCCAAAUGAUUCAAACAAAGGAGAAACCUUUGAAAUCUACAGAAUGUGCGAAAAGAUUUAGAUGGAAGUCUAAUCUACUAGAACACCACAACAUUCACACAGAUGAGAAACCACACAUAUGUACAGAGUGUGGAAAAAGUUUUACACAAAAGAGUAAUCUGAAAACUCAUGAAAGGAUUCACACAGGAGAAAAACCUUUCACAUGUACAGAGUGUGGAAAAUGUUUUACACAAAAGAGGGAGCUGAAAACUCAUGAAAGGAUUCACACAGGGGAAAAGCCGUUCACAUGUACAGAUUGUGGAAAAAGUUUUACACAAAAGAAUAAUCUGAAAAGUCAUGAAAGGAUUCACACAGGAGAAAAGCCUUUCACAUGUACAGACUGUGGAAAAAGUUUUACACGAAUGGAAUGUCUGAAAACUCAUGAAAGGAUUCACUCAGGAAAAAAGCCUUUCACAUGUACAGAGUGUGGAAAAAGAUUUACACAAGAGAGUAAUUUGAAAAGUCAUGAAAGGAUUCACACAGAAAGAAAGCCUUUCACAUGUACAGACUGUGGAAAAAGUUUUACACGAAUGGAUUGUCUGAAAACUCAUGAAAGGACUCACUCAGGCAAAAAGCCGUUCACAUGUACAGAGUGUGGAAAAAGUUUUACACAAAAGAGUAAUCUGAAAACUCAUGAAAGGAUUCACACAGGAGAAAAACCUUACACGUGUACAGAGUGUGGAAAACGUUUUACACAAAUAAAUAGUCUGGAAACUCAUGAAAGGAUUCACACAGGAGAAAAGCCUUUCACAUGUACAGAGUGUGGAAAAGGUUUUACACAUAAGAGUCAUCUGAAAACGCAUGGAAGGAUUCGCAGAGGAGAAAAGCCUUUCACAUGUACAGAGUGUGGAAAAAGCUUUACAGAAAAGAGUCAUCUGGAAACUCAUGAAAGGAUUCACACAGGAGAAAAGCCUUUCACAUGUACAGAGUGUGGAAAACGUUUUACAGACAAGAGUAAUCUGAAAAGUCACGAAAAGAUUCACACAGGGGAAAAGCCUGUUACAUGUACAGAGUGUGGAAAAACUUUUACACAUAUGAGUAAUCUGAAAAGUCAUGAAAGUAUUCACAAGGGAAGAAACCUUUCACAUGUUUAGAAAGUGGAAAAAAGUUUUUUAUUAAAAUCAGGGAUCACAAAACACCAAUUUUUUUUUUUUUUUUUUUUCUGUUUAUUACAUAAUACAUUUAAAGCAAAAAGCAUUUUCGUCACACAGGACAACAUCUAUUAUAACAAUAAUUUAAACACAAAAAAGUGUCCCAGGGUAUUUGAUCAAGUAUAAUACAUUAUAAAAUAAUGUAUAAUAAAAAAAGAAAGAAGAAAAAAGAAGUCCAGUAUAAGCCUUAAACUUCAUCCUGGAGAGAAGAAAAAAAAAAAAAAAAGAAAAGGACAAAACCCACCCAACCCGCCACUAGCAAAGAUCUCUAGAGAUUAUCUAUCUCCCAUUGCUCUAAAAGUUUAGAUAAUCUAAAUGGGGAGAGAAUUUGAUUUCGUUCUGCUAAUGGUAGGUAUUUGAUAAAGCACUCCCAUUUGGAUAGAGUUUUAGCAACAAAUGUCUCUCCAGAUCUACAUGGGCUGUAUUGUUCCAAAAUUAAUUCAUCUUUCAAGGAAUUAAUAACCAUGCUUAACCCCUUAAUGACCGGACCAUUUUUCAAUUUUCUUACCCUUAAUGACAAUGGCUAUUUUUACAUUUCUGCAGUGUUUGUGUUUAGCUGUAAUUUUCCUCUUACUCAUUUACUGUACCCACACAUAUUAUAUACCGUUUUUCUCGCCAUUAAAUGGACUUUCUAAAGAUA